AUGCAUGGCGGGUUCCAUCCCAAAUCCAGCACCCUGAGACUGUACGUAAGCCGUAAAGAAGGAGGCCGAGGACUAGUGAGUGUGAGAGCCACUGUCCAGGACGAAACAUCCAAACUCCAUAACUACAUCAUGGAGAAGGCCAAAACGGAUGACGUACUCAGUGAAUGUCUCAGGCAGUGGCGAGAUGAGGAGGUGCUGGAGGAGAGCCCAUCAUGGGAGAACAAGCCCCUACACGGCAUGUACCACCGGAGCAUAACAGAAGUGGCUGAUCUCAAGAAGUCCUACCAAUGGCUAGAAAGGGCUGGCCUACAGGACAGCACAGAGGCACUCAUCAUGGCUGCACAGGAACAGGCCCUGAGCACCAGAGCGAUAGAGGCCCAGAUAUACCACACCAGACAAGACCCAAGGUGUCGGUUGUGCAAAGAGGCACCUGAGACGAUCCAACACAUAACUGCAGGGUGCAAGAUGCUGGCAGGGAAGGCCUACAUGGAACGCCAUAACCAAGUGGCUGGCAUAGUGUACAGAAACAUCUGUGCAGAGUAUGGGCUGGAAACCCCAAGGUCUAAGAAACUCCUCCAAAGGUGGUGGAGAAUGAGCGUGCGAAGAUCCUGUGGGACUUCCAGAUACAGACCGACCGAAUGGUAA